UUUCUGAUAAGCUUGCCUCCAGCUCCAGAUGUUUAUCAGGAAUAAAAAGUAAAAAGUGCGUUAUUCAGUGUGACAGGUUAGACAAGGAAACAUUACAAAUUCAAGAACAUGGAGCUCAGCCGUUUCACUCCAAUUGGCGGGUAAGAUCAAAAGAUACUUUGUGGUAUUCAUGGUUUCGUUUCCGGGUUCAGCAUCAUGAGACAAUCAGUCGUUAAAGCUUCAAGAAUGCAUGUUUCCUGAGAAUUCGAAGUCACAAAAGGACAACUGUUAGGGAGUUAGACCUGCAAUAAUGUUUUGUGCAUUUUGGGAGACUUUUUGAUAUCUUAGCACGUUCCAGUUCUGAUCAGAUCCUAAAAUGUCCCCUGAAUAACUAAUCCUCUGUUACUUCUGGCAUGAUUAUAAUUAUAUAUGGACAGCUACAUUCCCGUCAAUCCAGCUGAAGGUGUUUAUAUAUCAAGAGGUGAGAUAUGCUAGAAUUUGCACGUCCAAAGUUGCCUUCAUAAAUAGACCCCGCGGUCUGUCAUUACGUCUCAGACAACAAGACUUUGAAACAAAAUCUACCUCAGAAAUCAUUUAAUAAAUCCUUCAAUCGCCGUGGUCUUAUCGUCCGAGAAGUACGGUGCAGCCCUGGGGGAGAUGAGAUUAGCAAUCCAGGCUUGAAUUGCACCAUAAUAUCCCUACAUCACUUAUUUAUUACUUAGAUUUUUAUUUCAGUUGUAUCUUGGUACGUUUACGCGCACAGUUUUAUUUUGUGCGCGUGAAUUAUUUACUGUAUUCAUUUAAUUGACGUGUACAUUUAGUUCGUUGAAUAACGUCUUGAGUUUAAUUUGCGUUAUUUUCCUCACUUAUAUGUGUUGUCCGUGACUGUGCGCUCACAUUGGGUGAGGCCCCUCCUAACAUGCUUUGCGAGUAAUAGUUGGUAUAGGAUUUAAUGGAGCUGAAACAAAUUGUGGAAUUGCACACAUUUGAUGCAUCCUACUGAUGAACAGUCACGACAUGUAGAUAUAUCUUUUAGCAACUACUAUAAUUUGCCGUUUGUCCACUUUAUAAUCAAGCGCCCUCGUUGACGUUCUAUCCACGCGCGCGCUUUUUAUCACCAUGAAAUGAGAAUUCAGUUACGGUGGAACUAAACUGUCUUCGGAAAAAAUAGCCAAUGCAUUGCUUCGGAGCUCAGAAGAACAUUACCAAAGGAUUGAAACAUGGAUUUUAAGUAAAUAAUGAUUAUGUGACUACAAUAUAGUAGCUUCGACUCCUUUGCUUGUACUUACACGUUUCUCUAUCGCUUUUUUAUCCCCUCAGCUCCACCAACAUGGAGGCGAAUAAGCACCCAGAACCAAAAGCUGAGUUUAGUGACAGCAAGAGCUAUAAUUUUGUGGGGAAAAAGUUUCCCCGACAAAAGACCAAGAUCACUGUUAUCAUUAUCUUAGUUGUAGUUCUUUUGCUUGGUGCUGUGAUUUCCAUCAGUUUGUAUUUUGCAUUGAGAAAAACGGCGAAAACAGCUUCAACUCGUCUGGUUGAAGUAAAAUUGGACAAAGGCGAGACUCUGGCAUAUAAAGUGGAUCAGCAGAUAGAAAUUCAAGGAAACGGUGCACAGAAGGGUAUGUCUUUUUCAAGUUCAGUUUUAAUGAGGCAUAACGUAAUGUUUUACUAACUCCACUUCACUCCUUACUGGUAAUGACUCAGUAAGCAUAUCGUGCGUAAGUUCCUCCUCAAAUGAAACCCGGAUAUCAGAGUUUUAUACUUAUGCUGGUUCAACUGCCCGAGUGUCCCGAUUGGACUUGUGUUCACCUGAACCUUUCGAGAUCAAAAUAGCUGUUUUAAACACCUGUGCAGGCGUAUUUUUCGGGAGAGCACUUAGUAGAUUAGGAAGAAUACAGUGAUAUCAUUGUGGUGGGCCUAGCAGGGUGAGGGAAGGAAGUAGUAUUUUCCUAGCCCCGUCUACCUGGCUCUGCCCUUUCGGACUCGACAACAAACCUCGGCUGAGUUGGUCGAAAGAUCGAACAGCGCAAAUCCAGGGCUAGCUAAAAUGCCCGCCGCGGGGGAGAGGGGGACGGACAGAGGCACUCAAGGGAAGUAAGGGUAGAGGUGUGCCCCAGGGGGGAAUCCCAUAUGAAAGGGGCGGGGAUGCUCGUCGGCAAUUUUAAAUUAACCCCUAAAGGAGACCAAUCUGGGCGUGGCCCAACCUUUUUUUGACCCCAAAAAGAGACCAUUUAAAAUUGAAUAAAUAAAACGAAUCGAAAAUAUAUAAUUUUUUUUCGCGUGCAGCCCUAAAAGAGACCUUUACGGCUAAAUAUAUUGGCGUUUUGACCAGAGCAUCCUAAGUGAGUUCAAAAUCCGAAAUUUUCACCCCUAAGCGAGACGAGACCACGAGCAUUCCCGCCCCUUUCAUAUGGGAGUCCCCCGUGGGUGUGCCGCCAACUCAUUCAAUCCCUUACCCUGUUAAAGGCAUUUUGCUACCCCGUUUAAGACAAAAGACCUUAGUUUUGACCUGAUUCAUGAGUUCUGCAUGCAGCAUUUUAAAGGGAUCAAUAUUUUAAACUGGCAUCAUGGAAUUAAAUUUUUUGUGGAAAAAAAAGUCUUUGUACCACAAAUGUAUGGCUAACCUUCAUACUGUUAAAGACGCCAAAUAGUAAAAUUUUAUACCCUAACUGAAGAGACAUAUGAUUGGCUAUCACUCAACCCUCUUGCUCUUGAAACAACAGAUCUCAGAGAAGAUCUAAAAAUAUCUUUAGAGGGAUUGAGAUAGGUGUAGCGCCCAUAUGGGAGAUUAAUUCUCUGAGCUUUAUUCUCUCUUAGCGGAACUUACCCCUUUAGACCAGAUAAAGGAGUGCCCUUUGGAGUUACCAAGCCAGCUUAUACGCUCUUUUUGUAGUUAACCCACGGGGUAACUGCUAACCAAGCAUCGAGGAACUCAGCCUCGUUUUUGUUUUUGUGUUUGCAGCUAACAUCGGUGCGAUAGUUGGUAUCCAGGUCCUUAACAAGACAUCCGAAGAGUACUGGUUUCUAGUGAAAUUCAAUCUGUCAUUGUUGAAUGGGAACAUGAACAUUAAAAAAGAAAAGGCGUUCUUCCUAAUUCGCCUGCAAAUUGAUUUAAGGUUAGUAAUACGAUACCUUGAAUAUCGAACUCUGUUCCUGCUGACAAAAAGAUACUGACGACAAGACCAAUCAAAGUGUUCGAGGUCAAUGAACAAUACCGUAGGCCUCCUCUCAAAUAGACGCCUCAAGUCUAAUAAACGCCCGUCUUACGAUGUUAUGUUUGUAUUAAACGCCCCAUGUCGAACUGAAGCCCCCCACCCCCCGCCAGGCGACAAUUAUCCCACAAUACUGGCAUGGAAUCUAGCAAAAGGGCAAAAAUCAUUCAAUUUAUUCAGUUUCUUGUUUAUCCUAUUUUGUUCAAUAUCAACUUCAAAGUAAGGAUAGGCUAACGAUGAGAACACCAUAACCCUGAGCGAGGAUUCUGACAUCGAAGUUGAGAUUUGAACUGAAGCGAUAUCGAUCUCUAGAUGGCCUAGACCUAGCUAUCGAUGAAUGGACUAGACAACUGCAAUUUAUAAACUCUCUGGAUAUUUUCGCAAAGCAAGUUAUAUACUUUGGUUGAGUUCUUCAAAGUUCUGAGCAUAAAUGCCUCUCAGUACCGGCUUGUACGCCUCCUCUUUAUUAAACGCUCCCUGCUAGACCACAAAAACUGAAUAAAUGCCUCGGUAUAAAAGCGUGUUUUUGUAACUGUAAAAGCAGCAAACUGAAAAGCCUUUGAGGAAGGUCGCAACAAUUUGGUGUGGGUGACGGGGGAAAAUCGCAUCGCCCUGUGUUCUCGAGGUUCCACUUAAUUUCCACCUCCAAUUCGCACGCCUGCCACACACCCAUUGAAGAAGCACUGAUCACUGAGAAGUUCUAUUCAAAAAUGGGCAACACUGACUCAUGAAGUCACGUUUUGAUGUCUCUAACGUAUUUGCAUUUCAGGACACCAAAAGACCAACCAAAGAAAAGCACUGAGUCGUUUGAUGUCUAUGGGCAUAGUCACAUUAACCAGGAAUUCCUACGACUGGUGUAUAAUAUUCUCAAGCAACUACUUCCAACAGUGCAAUACGACCUCUACGAAGACGUGGAUGGAGAAAAAUCAGAUUCACUGGUUCCCGAAGAAUCUCCUUUGCUUCCUGGCCCGGUAAAAAUGCACCGAAAAGCAGACACUUCAGAUGAAAACUCAGUUUCGAUCAAAAAUCAUUUCAGCCGUGAAGACUUUCAGGAUUUGCCAACAGAAAUCGAUCUGGAUCUGAAGUAUUCUGAUCACGCCGUCAUUGAUAAGAGCAAGGGAGUGAUCACGGAGAGCCACUGUAACUUUACCCAACAACUAAAUCUUGGGGAACCAAUACACAACAAGGGCGGUGUUAAAGUUUCUUCGAUGAAAGUGUCCCUGACGAGCCAUAUUUCGCUUGUCGAUCGCGAAUUUAAAGACCUCAUGGACACCGAAAACGUUAGCUUUCCAUUUUUCGUGAAACUAGUUGUUCCAAAAAAAAAGGCUACCUUUGCUCUUUACGAUAGGCCCAGUGGAGUUUUUAAUUCCAGUCAAACGCCGUCCCCGAGUCGAUCACGUAGAGCCACCGGUUACGUCCCUUGGCGAGAAGUGAGUUCGUCCAACCUCGAUUUUGAGCAUCCAUUUACUUUGUUUGAGAAAAAAGUGGUUGGGAUUGAUGUUAAAGGAGAGGGAAUGAUAUGGAUACAUGAUAACGAGGACAAGGAAAUAGGAGUCAGUUUUCGUCUUUCAAUCGCUGGCAGGACUCUACCUGAUAUACUUUACUUGAGGUACCCAAGAAGUGAAAUGGAGGAUGGACAAAGCAAAAAGAUAGAGCAUCGGUGGAGCAAAGCAUUAGUAAGUAUUUCCUGCUUUAUAAGUAGCUACUAAAAUAUAAGAAAAUAAAGACAUUGGCUAGUGUCUUUUAAAUGAAUGAUCCCCGCGCGCUUGUGUGUCAACUCAAGUGUCCCAAGAAUAAAUUACUUGGGUUACAAAUCAUCACAUACUAUAAGCAAACGAUCAUUUCAAAUAUAAUUUAUUGUUUUGGAGCCCUUGAGUUCACAAUUACCGGCGCGUAGGGUAAAACUACUCGUUUGAAUUCCAGAACUAAUGAGUAUUUACUUCCGUAUGAAAGCCAGUCACACCCGCUACGCAUUAUUAUUGAACCAUGCUCUUGCAAAAGAUGAUCUUCUUAACUCACUCUCUAACCAUGUUAUACCAAACGUAUGAAAUAGUAACAGUCCCCAUCCACCACUAAAAUCAAACGUUUCUUUGAACUCAAUGUCCAAUAUUUUAACCGCCCUCGUCCCUUUUUUUCUAUGCAGUCCAUUUCUGUUCCUGUUCACAUCUUGAAAAUUGGAGUGACGUUUAGCCUCAGUUUUGAAGUGAGUAGUCAGCUGUCUUUUCCUUGGGACCAGAAUUCAGUCAAUCCCCUCAAGCUAGCGGCAGAGGUAAAUGUUUUAUGAUUUCGCUGCUCCCAGUCUAAUGUGGUGCUAAAAAACAAAAGCUUUAGUGCUUCGCUCUGAAGAAAGGAACAGCACUGUAAACGCAUGCUCAUCCGCUUCCUUUUUUUUUUUUUUAGCUAUAUUGCAAUUCCAAGGGACAUUGUCCAAAAUACAGUCCAACCUCCAUGUGCGACCACCUCUCGUACGCGACUACCUCCCAUUAUCAAUUAUCCAAAACACCAAAAUUUUCCCAACUCAAACCCUUAAAGUUGAAAGCUCUCGUAAACGAACACCUCUCGUAAGCGACCGCGACCAUUUUGUAGGAUGACGGUUUUAGAAUUUUUUAUUUUUUACUUCUCCCAUCCGAUACAAUGGUCUGAUAUUCGUAUUCGCUGUAUGUACUACGCCACUCAGAGCGUGAGAAGACCUCUAGAGACAAAAUGGAUUUAUAGAUAUCGUGACCUAAAAAUUUCACGCGAUACAUUCUCUCCAAAAAGUAAAUGUGUCCGGACUUACCCUGGUAAAAGACCUCCUGUAGUCCGACUCUCCCUUUUACUUCCCCUGCACAUGAAUUAUCACUGAAUAUCGGUAUUAUUCUUUGGCUGCCACUAUCGUUAAGGAAACAGUUAAGGUUAUCUUUCAAUAACAAAAUUUUGUAACCCUUUAUUAUUAGAUUGAUCCCUCAGCCGAAGUCACAGCAAGCAUUGAAGGAUACGUGUCAGCGCACUUUAUCCGCGGUGGUGUAGACGGAGAUGGCACAUUAGUACGCGUCGGUCUACCUGUGAUGCUCUCCUACCGUGACAACCGUGACCCCAGAAACAAGUGGUGUGUAGACCUGUCCGUCCACCUGACCGCUCUGAAGCUGAGUGCUGACCUCUUCUAUCAAAAGCGGCACUGGCUGCACUGGGGUACAAGGCAUACCCUGUAUGAGUUUGGCAAAUGGGAUGCCAUACAGCGGACUUGGAAGGAACUAGAGAGAUGCGGUUAGGCGCGCAUGAUGAUGAUGAUGAUGAUGACACCUUUAUUAAAGUGUCAAAACUGUAAUAGCGGUGUAUAACCACUACGUGGGGACACUAAAUAUUGUAGAUCGUCCUUUGCUCGCAUUAAUCUUCCUUUCCAAAUUCUACAUUAAAAGUUUGAUAACUGAAAAAGAUGCUACAUAAAACAUAAAUCUUGACAAAAUAAGUAUUAGGCGCGGCUUUUGUUUUGUAUUACGUAAUGCUAGUUGAAAGUCACCUUUUGGGGUUUUUCAUGGUUUUACAUCUUAGUUUAGCCUUAAUUAUUCAAAUUUUUUAUUUGUAUUCUAUGUUAAUUUCCUUCUCUAAAACAUCCUUAAUCCUUCAUAGUUAACUAACUGUCGUGUUCGACAAUUAAAAAAAACAAUAUUUUCAUUGAGUUUACGGAAUGAAAUAUAACA